AUGCAGAAUCUGACAGAUUUUCCAGGUAAUUCAUCUUCUUAUAGUAGUCUGUCCGUGAUUAUCAAGGUGUGUGUGGUUAUCCCCUUCUUCUGUGUCUUCCUAUGCUGCAUCAGUGUCAUGCUGCAUAUUUUUGCAUCUCACCGGCGGUUCCUGGACAUCUCUCGUUAUAUUCUGUUUGCAUAUAUGCUCAUCAAUGACACCCUGCAGCUCUUAUCAUCUGUACUGCUCUUCCUCUUUGUCAUGGGCCGGGUGAAAUUUGCUAUUGUCUGCUGUGUUCCUCUGCUGUUUUUAUCCACUGCCACUUUCCAUAACACACCUUUAAUCCUGGCCACCAUGUCACUGGAGCGUUAUGUUGCCAUUAUCUACCCCCUGCAGCGCCCGGCAGCCUGGCGCUCAGACCGAAUCUGGAUCACUGUUCUGGCUCUGUGGCUCAUCAGCUGCACCCCCCCUCUCAUUGAAAACGCUAUCAUGCAACAGGAUCCCGCUGUAGACGUCUUCUCCACCCCUGUAAUUUGCAAAGCUACCAUUGUCAACUCAUCUCCUAUCCAGUCAUUGUUCAGAGCUGCUGUGAGUGUUCUCUUCUUUGCAGUGGUGGCAGUUAUUAUCCUCUUUACUUAUGUGAGAAUCCUUCUAGAAACCAGGAAGCUAAGACAAGACAGAGUGUCUGUGAGCAAAGCCAUGCACACGGUGCUGCUGCACGGCUUUCAGCUGCUGCUGUGCAUGUUGGCCUUCACCAGCCCCAUCACUGAAACUCUUAUUGUGCUGCAUGUUAACUGGCUGCCAGAGGAUGUUUCCUUUUUUAAUUACUUCUGUUUUAUGCUGAUUCCACGCUUUCUCAGCCCACUCAUCUACGGCUUCAGGGAUCAGAGUCUCAGAGGCUACAUCGGAAAAACAUUUUUCUUGUGCUCAAACAAAAUCAAACCCAGUAUCAGAGGCAAGCUGCAGGAUAACUAG